AAUGCCUGCCGGAGUAUCCUGGGGUCAAUACCUCAAAUUCAUGAGUGCAGCUUUACUGACAAUGUUUGCCGGUUCACAACUCGUACACAUGUACUACAGACCCUUAGACGAUUUAGACAAAUACAUAGAGGAGGAAUUUCAGAGACAAAAACAAAUGAGGAGUAAAGAUACAUCAUCUUGAUUUAAUCGUUAUUAUGU